CAAUAUUUCAAAUGUAAACAUUGGAGUAGAAGCUGAUGGUUUUUCGAAACAGUUUUUGGUUGAUUUUCACGCUAAACCUGCAGGAGGAAAAAUCCGGAAGUGCCUCAACUAGUGACGAAUUGACAGGAGCAUCUUUUACAAUGAUGGAAUUUCACAACUCAUCCGAACGACGUCGUAAAUUAAGCGAUGGAUGGACGUUGCUGAGCCUUUUCCAGUCUUCACAUACCAGGGCCUGCAGUGCCAAGGACGGAAGGGAAUCAGCCCCGGAGAUCGGUUCUGGUAAGUUUUAUGUAUCGUCGAAGUUGGUCAACAGUUACUUUGUUGUGUUUUCUUUUUUUUUCUUUUCUUUUCAGGUGCUGGGCUUCAAAUCAGUCGCGGAAAAAACACCAAUGGGUUUUCCGGAGGAGUCAGCCAACUCGUACGAGUUUGUACCAACUCUUGCGAGCACCGUACAGGGAAGGUACACUGGACCUAGCUUGGCGUUAUACCUGUUGGCGAAAGAGGACUGGCGAAAAUUCCGCUUGUAAACCUGCUGGCCGAUUUCGUACACUGGAGAAGAAGUUUUUGAACGUAAGUUGUAGUUUUUACUAUUUUUCUCGUAGUUUUUCCUUAUAUUGGUUUUUACUAAG